GGGCGCUGUAUUCAACUUAAGAUACAACACAACUGUCGUAAACAGCUGAGAAACAACUUCUGCGUACUAAAAAAAGGUCUUUCCCGCUCUUUUAUAGAAGCUGAGUUUUGGUCGCACACAUGACCAAACGGAGAGCAGAGAACAUUUUGCAUCCCGAAAUCCCUCAUAAAAGAUGUCUUCGUUCUCUCUCCGACAACGACAACCCGGUCGGAGGCGUGAACGUAAUCCAAAACGCAAUUCCAUCCUCGUUAUUAACGCUGGCUGGACAACGCUGCAGGAAAAGACCGAGCUAUUUCGAAGAUUCACUGGAUACAGAUAACCUACCGAGAAAGGUGGCUGCAAACAGGGUUAAUUCAGUGCUGGCAGACAGGAACACGUGCCAGUCUAGAACAUUCGAGGAUGGUGCUGAGAGACCUGUCACGCGACGGUCAUCUCGCGCGCUUCAGACGCACUCAAAUAAACAGACAGACGAAGAAAAUAACAUUACUGCAGGAGACAAGGUGAUGCACACAGAUGAGGACCUCUCUCCGUUCAAUUCCUUCCAGUUCUGGCGGGAUCCACUGCCUGAGUUGGAUCUCGCUCUCCUGGAGACUGAACCCUCAACUGGGUCCCACAUAGCUUCUUCCACCAAAGACUUGGAGGCGAUGGAAACAUGAGGAGAUCCUCAAUGCACUGUGACAUUCUUGUUAAGAUGUUGUCUAGGUGUUGCCAAAUUACCUGACUGGAUAUGAUGAGAUGAUUCCCCCUGGUCUGCACUAGAUGAACAUA